AUGGGAACUAGUAUCAGCAGUAUUGAUACCAGUAAUCCGUCCACCAAAUAUUGUAAAAAAUGUUCGAGAUUGUGUAUAUUUGAUGUUUCGAAACUUUCCCCGAAUCAAGAUUUUAAAAAAGCUCCAUUGAGUGAUUCAAAAUUAUCUCUUUUAACAAAGAAAAAUGUUAAAAAUUAUCUUAAUAGUAGGAAAAAAAGUCAAAAAGACUUGGCCAACAACAAAAAAGAACGUUCGAAAAAAAGCGUUAGAAUAUUCAUGACACAAUCAUUAGAUAACAAAAACAAACCGGAUAUGGAAUAUCCACGUUCGAUAUUUCUUAUUAUCGCAACGGAAUUUUGCGAACGUUUUUCAUUUUGCGGUUUAAGAACAAUCUUGUCUCUGUACCUUCGAAACAUUUUACUUUUUCACGAAAACAAAGCAACCGUCGUCUACCACGUUUUUAUUAUGAUGUGCUAUUUCGUACCUGUUAUCGGUGCCAUAUUAGCCGAUAGUUGUUUAGGAAGAUUUCGUACCAUACUUUAUUUUUCCGUUAUUUAUACUGUUGGUAAUAUAGUAAUGUGUUUUGCAGCAACUCCACCAAUUGGUUUGGAACCAGUAACAUUCACAAUGAUUGGAUUGUCAUUAAUAGCAACAGGAACGGGUGGUAUAAAACCCUGUGUGGCUGCUUUUGGUGGUGAUCAAUUUAAAGUCCCUCAGCAAGAACAUCUUCUCAAACAGUUUUUUGCAAUUUUUUAUUUUACAAUUAAUUUUGGUGGAUUCGUUGGAAUGAUUUUAACACCGAUAUUAAGAAAAGCCAUCACGUGUUUCGGUGAUGAUACGUGUUAUUCUUUGGGUUUUGGAUUUCCAGCUGCUUUAAUGAUAAUAUCACUUGGUUUAUUCAUUGCUGGAAAACCUCUUUAUCGUAUUAAAUUUCCAAAACAAAAUAUUAUGGUCAGAUUUACCACGUGCAUGAUGUAUGCAAUUUGUACAAAAAUUAGAACGAAAGAAAAAGAUCCUAAUCGUCAUUGGUUAUCCUACGCAGAAAAAAAAUUCGAUGCAAAAUUAAUAUCCGAUAUGAAAAACGUUUUGGCUAUUUUGUACCUUUUCUUUCCACUACCUAUUUUUUGGAGUUUGUUUGAUCAACAGGGCUCCAGAUGGACAUUUCAAGCAUCCAGAAUGAACGGUGAAGUUUUUGGUUAUCAAAUAAUGCCUGAUCAAAUACAAGUCAUUAAUCCGGCUCUUGUUCUUCUUUUAAUUCCAUUAUUUAAUAAAGGAAUAUAUCCGUGUUUAGGAAGCUGUCACGUUUUGGUAUCACCUUUGCAAAGAAUGGUAGCAGGAGGUUUCAUAGCCGGUUUGGCAUUCAUAUGCUCCGGUGUGCUCGAAUACGAAUUGGAACAAACGUAUCCGAUGCUACCCUCGAAGGGAGAAGCAUUUAUUAAUUUCGUCAAUUCCCUACCGUGCGAUUUGAUGAUAACCGACAGCAAAGGGAAUUCUCGUACAUUGUCCAUGGGUGACAUGACGACAAUUAAAAAAAUUCCUGUUUUCAAUAAAACGGAAUACAAUGUCGUUUUAUCCGCCAUGGACAAUUGUAAAAAUACACCCAUGAACAGUAGACACAUGGAAAUUGCCGUUCCAGUAACGGAACGAGAGGUACGAACCGUAUUAAUAGGAAUUGAAAAUAAAAAAAUUGAAUGUUACCUAUCAGAUUUAGAAGAUUUAAAGAAAACUCUAAGUGGUAAACCUAAAUUAAGGUUGAGCGUUUUAAGGAGCAGCGAUAAACCUUUCGAAAAAGUUACCAUCACGAUAAAAAACAACGUAGGAUUUAGUGAUAUUUAUUUUGUUCCAGAGGUAGCCAUUGGAGUGUCUGCUUAUUUGGAACUAUUACCAGGACAGUAUGGUUUUUCCGUUUUUUAUCCAGAAUCUCAACGUACGGAAUUUGAAGGAGGUCUUAAUUUAGAAUUAGGUGGCGUGUAUAGUCUUGUCAUGCGUGAAUACAACAGAAAUAUUGUUUUUGCCAAAUUAUACGCCAUGACACCUCCUAACACCAUUCAUAUGUUUUGGAUUAUUCCACAGUAUGUGUUUCUUUCAAUAGCAGAAGUUAUGUUUGCAAUAUCUGGUUUAGAAUUUUCAUUUACACAGGCUCCGAAAAGUAUGAAAACAGUGACAAUGGCCGCCUGGUAUUUCUCCGUCGCUUGUGGAAAUUUACUAGUAAUAAUAAUAACUCAAGCACAGUUUUUCUCAAAUCAGGCGGACGAAUUUUUCCUUUUUGCUGCUCUCAUAUUUGUUGACAUGUUUAUUUUUGCAUGGAUGUCUCUAGAUUAUCAAACCGUAUCGAUUGAAUCUGAUGAUUCUUCGUUAACAUUUCCCGAACCUGACGAAAAUUAUCCAUUGCUUGCAUUAACAUCACACGAAGCUGUUUUACCUUGA